CGCCGCAGCCCCGCGCCCGGCCCCGCGCCCGGCGCGCGCGACAAGGCCAAGCGGGGCCCCGAGCGAGGCAGCCCAGAGUACCGGCAGCGACGCGAGCGCAACAACAUCGCCGUGCGCAAGAGCCGCGACAAGGCCAAGCGGCGCAACCAGGAGAUGCAGCAGCGGCUGGUGGAGCUGUCGGCCGAGAACGAGAAGCUGCAGCGGCGCGUGGAGCAGCUCACGCGGGACCUGGCCGGCCUGCGGCGCUUCUUCAAGCAGUUGCCCGGCGCUCCCUUCCUGCCCGCGGGCUCCGCCGAUGGCCGGUGACGCGGCGCGGCCGGCCGCACCUGGACACCUCGGGGCGGGGCGGCCGGAGCGAGCGGGGCGGAGGGAGCCGCCAGUCCCCUAAGUUAUUGCGGAGCCCGGCCGCCUGGCUUUGCGUCGCCGCCUGGGACUUCUGUACGAGGAAACGACUCCGACAGCCCUUUUGUAUUGUGGCUAGGAGGGAAGGACUGCGCAUGCCUUUUUAUAUCGAUUUUUACAGAUUUGUAAGAAUAAAGAAACAUUUCAAAUCGC